UUAAAAAGAUUGUGCAUAUUAAAAGAGCAUAUAUAUUAAGAUGCAAUUGUUUUAUUUAAUACAUGAGAAAUUAUUAGGAUAUAUCUCAGUUUCUUUUUCUGUUAAUUUAAUUUAUUUUUUAAGAGCAAUGUUAGAGAUCCUGAAAUAGUUCUCAAAUUUGUUUUUGAAUGUCAAAUGGUUUGAAUUGAUUUGUAAAUGUGCUGUUUGUUUAAUUUAUUUUUUUAAAGAGAAAUGUUAGAGAUCCUCAAAUGGUUCCUGAAUUUGUUUUUGAAUGUCAAAUGGCUUGAACUAAUUCUUUCUAUUUAUAUUGCACAGGAGCUUCUUUAUUUUUUAUCCUGAACUAUAUCCGAUCAAUUUUCUGUCAUGAAAGAAUUGUAGAACCAGUUCCAGAUUACCAGCAUUUCUCCUCUCUCGAUCAUUUCAAAUCUAUACAUAAUAUUUGGAUGCUUUAUAAAAAGAUUCAGCUUUUGGUAUCAGGAUUGUGUCGUAAAUGAGAUUGAUUGGUUUUUCUUUUCAAACAUUGGAUUGCUUUGGAUUUAGUUUUGAUCGUGUCAUUUAAUAAAAAUCUCUCAUUCCACCUUCACAUAUAAAUGUAGAAUCUGAUUUCACACAAUUAGAGUAUAAUUUACACAAAAUGGUUCGAAUAAGUAACAACAUCUUGACAAUCUUAAACACAAUCUCAUUCCUCUUAUCAAUCCCAAUCGUAGUAGUCGGAGUAUGGCUUUCACGUCAAGGCGCUACCGAAUGUGAGCACUACCUAGAAAAAGUUUUCUUAGCAACCGGUAUUUUCUUAAUGAUCAUCUCUUUAGCAGGGAUGAUAGGCGCCUGUUGUCGCGUCUCAUGGCUACUCUGGCUCUAUCUUUUUGUCAUGCUUGGCCUCAUUGUUUUGCUCAUCUUCUCAACUAUCUUUACUCUGGUGAUGAUCAACAAAGGCGCGGGACAGUCUUUAUCAGGCAAAGCUUACAAGGAAUACAGGUUGGGGGAUUACUCUGUUUGGCUACAGAAGAGAGUGAAUAAUGAUGAUGAGAAUUGGAGGAGGAUCAAGAGUUGUUUACAGUAUAGUAAGGUUUGCGAAAGGAUGGGUACUGAUGAAGCUUCAAGUGGUCGCGCUGAUGAUCUGUUUUACUCGAAACGCCUUUCUGCCAUUCAGUCUGGUUGCUGCAAGCCCUCUGAUUCAUGUAACUUUACAUAUGUGAGCCCUACUUACUGGAAUAAAACGACGAAAGCACUACCUAAUACAGACUGUGCGUUAUGGGGUAAUGAUCCUAAUGUUUUGUGCUUCAACUGUGACUCGUGCAAAGCAGGAUUUCUGGACAACUUGAAGAACAGGUGGAAGAGAGUUGCUGUUAGUAAUGUCGUUUAUCUGGUCUGUUUGAUCAUCGUGUACUCCAUUGGGUGUUGUGCAUUAAGGAACAAUAAACGUGACAACUCCUGGAGGCAGUGAUACUUUUAAUUGAGCUGAUUCAAUAAUUACUUUGACAAGAUAUCACUAUUAUUAUCUUGAUUGUUGAAUAUUUACCAAUUUUCUGAUAGAGCGGAACUAAA